AAUGUAAAUUCCUUGGGUAUGUUCAGAUCAUCUCUAAACCAACUGAUCUUGAUUGACUUCUUAAUACAGAAGUGAAACUCAAGCGCCUGUCAGGUCAUGUCUUGGUGUGUGUGUGUGUUUAUGUGUGUGUGUGUCUCGUUCAGAUGCAGGGCCUGGGUGGUUCCCAGCGAGGCUCUCAGCGGGUCUUCAGCGUCCUUGAUCGUCUGCUCCUCACUCACCCCGUGUGGCUGCAGCUGUCACUCAACCACGACUCCGCCCUCUACAUCCUGCUGCGAGAGCCUGUCGGGACCUUUCUGGUCCGUAAAUGCAGCGCCACCCAGAGGAAGGUGCUGUGUCUGAGGGUGACAGCAGACAGAAGCACCUCCUCUGUGAAGGAGUGCUUCAUCUGUGAGGAGGACUCCACCUUUUCUCUGGAGAACUCAGCGCUCAGUUUCCCUGAUUUGUGUCGACUUGUGGCCUUCUACUGUAUCAGCAGGGAUGUGUUGCCUUUCCCACUGGGGCUUCCAGAGGCCAUCGCCAAAGCGACAACUCACAGACAGCUGGAGUCCAUUUCACACAUGGGUCAAGACUUCUGGAGCUCGCCAAGUUCUUCUGACCUUCAGAAUGGACAGCUGGACAUAUUGACAUCCAGCACCCAGGAUGCAGCAGUGACGCAGGAUGACUGUAACCUGCUCAACCGAGACGUCUGCAAGCAAACUCAACCCACAAACCACAGCGCCUCCAACAAGCGGCACCGCUUCAAGCGCAGCAUGCGGUUGCGACUCUCAGAGUCGUCCAUGAACCUGUCACUGGAAGGCGUCAGCUCGUACUCGCCCCCGCCUUCGGUGGAGCAGACUGACGGGUCAGAGAGGCUGCAGAAGGCUGGCACUAACCAGCCGAGGAGAGUUCACCCUGGAGCAGGAGUCCUGAGGAGAACCCCGGCUGUGUCUCCAGGCUCUGCAGAGGAGGAGGACGUGAUGUCCAUCAGCACAUCUGACAAAGUCCAAGAAUCCCAGAAACCAGGAGAGUCUGGAAUCGAGGCGGUGGUUCUGGCUCUCGAACGUCGUCCCGCCCCCGCCUCCGGGGUGGUUCGGGCUCUAGAACGCCGCCCGGCCCCGUCUCUGGCGGAGCUGGACAGCAGCAGCUCCUUCAGCAGCAUGGAUGAAGACCACGACUCGGAUUCAGACCCAGAAAGCAUGGUACCCAACCAAGUGCACGGGCACCAGCGCCCUCCACUGGUGCGCUCCCGGGGCCGCGGUGGGCUGCACCGCAUGAGCGAGGCCUUUGUGUGUUUCUUUGCUCCGGACAAGCGGCUGACACGGCUGAUGGAGGAGCUGUCCAGAGACAGACGCUCCAUCUUUGGAGGCAUGGUUCAGGACUUUCUCCGGACUGAGAGGGAGACGCUCAAAUCCCUGGCUUCUGCUUCAUCUUCCUCUUCAUCCCCUCAGGUGACCUCUGUCCAGCUCCUCCAGAGUCUGCGGCUGUUUCUGUCCCAGGCCAAGUGCUGCCUGCUGGACAGUGGAGAACUGGAGCCUCCUAUUGAGACCCAAAAUGAGGAGAAUGAGAAAGACCUGGCCCUGGAGCGAGCCAUGUUCUCCUGCGUCCUCAGACCUCUGAAGUCACACCUUGAAAAAGCCUUGGUGGCGUUGCACGAUCAGGACGGCUCCAACCAGAGACUCACCCAGAACAUGCACCGCCUGAAGGGGGACGUGGCUAUGGAGCGUCUAGGAGUGAGGACGGGGGUCCCUGACGUACGUGGAGUGGAAAGGGUGAAGCAGAAGCUGGUGCUAAUGCAGAGGACACACUCGCCCAUCGACAAAGUGCUGCUGCUGCUGCAAGUGUGCAAAUGUGUGCACAAGGCCAUGGGUUCAUCACAUGGACAGGAAGUGAGCUGGGACGACUUCCUCCCGUCAUUGUCCUACGUAAUAGUGGAGUGUAACAGGCCUCAUAUCCUAAUCGAGGUGGAGUACAUGAUGGAACUGUUGGAGCCGUCCUGGCUGGGAGGAGAAGGUGGAUACUACCUGACCAGUGUGUUCGCCAGCCUGUGUCUGAUCCAGGGCCUGGACGAGGAGACGCCGUCCUCAGGCUGCCUGACCCCCGAGGCGCAGGAGGCGCUGAAGGAGUGGAGCUGCAGACGGAGUCGUGACGUCCAGAAACAAAAGGAGAACCAGCAGAACCAGAGGUGCGUUCGGAUACUGUUCCAGGACGGGGAGCGCAGCGCUGUGCGGACAUUGCAGUGGAGAGCCGGGGAGAGCAGCCAGGCUCUGGCGCAGCUGUGCGCCUCCACCUUCGGAGUCUCUGACCCGCAGCAAUACACCCUGUACUGGCGCAGUGGCGGGGAGAUGAGGGCUUUGCCGCCCCAGGCUCAACCCCAGGACCUGGCGAGCCACAGCGAGGGAGGCCCCUCUCUCUCCUACCUGAGGACCGACCACGACUUCAGCAAGAUGAGACGGCUCACCAGAGGCGGCGCGGUGGACCUGAGCGAGUCGGUGUGUGAGGAGUGAGUGGGAAGUGGAAAGGAGGGAGAAGGUGGAGGGAUAUGGAGGAGGAGGAGGAGAUGGAUGGUCGCUCUGGCUUUCUCGCUCUCGUUCUGUCUCUGUCUCUCCUCAUCAGUGAGUUGUGUCUCUUCACGGGUCACGACGUGUUGUGACGAAAGACUGGGAGUAGACUCUUUAUGACGAACCCCUCCUUUAAUGGACCAGAGCAGCAGAGACUAAACCAGGGCCACUGCUCUGUGUGGAGGAGUGUCCUGAGUGGGAAAUGUGUAAUAAAUAGUUUUCAGUUGAUAUUUUCCCCCACAUUGUCUCCUGUACCCUACAGGGAUGACAUCAGUGCAUCAUGAGGAGACUGGAACCCAAAGACAGGUUCUGUGAGACUAAUGUUUCCUGGAAACACAACCUGUGGCCCUCGGUCCACAGAGCUGAUGUCACCCUGUCUCUGUAUAGCCCUGGCCUGGGGUACAAGACACCUGGAUGUUUUAGAGCUUCACUGGACGGGUCCAUGCUGCACGUAACUGUUGGACCAAUGUUUUAAAUGGUGGUCUGUGACCCAGGAGAGGGUCUGUGGGCUGAAUGCUGUGGGCUGUGGGUGAAACAACUGGUUUUAGUGCUCAGUCUAGGUGUUUGUGGCCAAAUGACCUCCAUAAUCCCAUCACCACAAUGUGUUCAGUGUUUUCACUUUGAAAACCUCUUUGAAAACCACUCCAAUUCUCAAAAGUGUAAUGCAAAAGGUAGGAGUCUGGAAACGGGUUGGUUCAGAACCAUGACACCGUCCGUGGUCACGCACGGUUGGGUAGGAGGUGGAGAAAGGAGCACAGCACUCUCAUGAUUCAUCAGUCAAUACACCGGAGAUUUGGGCAUCUGCUAAAACCCAGCAGUACUGGGGCUGCGAGUACCCCCUCCAAGUGGUACUACUACUUGUACCACACACAAGUAGUAGUACCAACUAUUUUCCUCUAAACAGGAUCAAAAUUCACUCAAACCAUGUCAUGUGUUUUUGAAAAAAACUGUGUGUUUCAAAGGUAAAAGUGGUGGAGGUGAAGCAGAAGCACAGCAAGCUUUUCAUGCUGAAAAAUACUGACCAAAAACAGAGAAAAGUUCAUGAAAAGUUGAAAAACUGCAAAUUCUACUCCUUAAAAACUCUGACUAAUAAUACACGCUACUGCUUGAGCCCACCUGCACUUUGUCUGGGUUAUGUACUGAUUCAAACAGUGGUUACCAAAGCGUGGGUGGUAGGCCCCCUUUGGUGCGAGUGUAGUAAUUGCACAGUGGGUUCAGCAUGUCAAAUUAAUAUAAUUUGUAAUAUUUUUAUUUGUGCCACAUUGGGAAAAUGUUAAAUAUUUGAAAUUUUAUUUAAUUCUUUUUAGGAACAAUAUGUUUUAGGAAUUACAGUAUUUUUAGUGAAGUGGAGUUUUGAAGCAACAGCUGUAUAUGUGUCUCAGCAGUGGUCCUACAAGAGGGGGCGCUGCAGAAAACACUGGGUUAAACUAAGGGUGAUGCUGCGCAGGGAAACAGAGAGGAAACCUAACUUUGAAAA